AACGUCGUCAUCAGUACUGUACUGCCCUGUCCUUUCCAAUCGAUCUGGGCAUGUGUGCUUCGCGCCACGUUGCUCUGCUCCUCUUGCUCCCGUGCUUGUCCCUGUGCCCGAGCGGCUCUGCCGCGGCGAACGACACGCUCGCCGCGGGAGGGUCUCUCACCGGGAACCGGACGCUGGUCUCGGCGGGAGGCCAGUUUGAGCUGGGCUUCUUCUCUCCGCCGGGCAGCGCCAAGUACUACGUCGGCAUAUGGUACAAGCAAAUCCCGGUGCAAACCGCCAUCUGGGCGAUGAACAGAGACGUCCCAGUCUCCGACCCGUCGUCCGUGGAGCUAACCGUAGCCCAGGACGGCAGCCUGGUCCUCCUCGUAGCCGGAAACCGGUCCAAGGAGCCAAUCUGGUCGUCCAAUUCGACGGGUUCGUGCGACGACGGCACAGUCGCGGCGGUGCUCCUCGACACCGGGAACCUGCAGGUUCUGUGCGGCCGGCAGGGAAGCAACACGUCGGCAAUCAUUUGGCAGAGCUUCGACCACCCGACCGACACGCUCGUGCCGGGCGGCUGGGUCGAGCUGAACAAGAGCACCGGCGCGUACCAGGCGCUCCGGUCGUGGAGGAGCGCCACCGACCCAUCUACGGGUCUGUACAUGGACCAGGUCGACCCGCAUGGCUCGGGCCGGUUCGCCUUCCUGUGGAACGGCACGGUCAUCUACCACUAUGUCGGCGCUUGGAACGGGCGGUACUUCAACUCCAUCCCGGAGAUGGUCAUGUCGGGGAACUACAAGUUUAUCUAUGUGGACAACGAGGAGGAAGUGAAGUGGUCGUUCCAGGUCACUAAGCCGUCGACCCUAUCGAGGAUGGUGAUGAGCCCUCACGGCCAGAUCACCAUGUUCGACUGGUCCGACGAGUCCGGGCAGUGGCUGCUGCACUGGGCAACCCCCACGUCGCAGUGCGACGUGUACUCCCUGUGCGGGCCUUUCGGCCUCUGCGACGUGGCCAGCUCGGGGUACUGCCGGUGCUUGCCGGGGUUCGAGCCCGCGUCGCCGGGGGAUUGGGUCGGUCAGCUCUGGAGCAGCGGCUGCAAGAGGAAGACGAGCUUGCAGUGUAGCAGCAACGCAUCAACAACUGAUGGGUUCCUGCCGGUGCAAAAUGUCCAGAUGCCGAGCGGCAAUUUCUCAGUGGCUGAUGCAGGCAGCUCCGGAGGUUGUGCAGCAGCGUGCUUGCGCAAUUGCUCUUGCACAGCUUAUGCGUACAAAGAUGGCUGCUUGGUGUGGGGCGAUGAUCUAAGGAAUGUUCAGCAGCUCUCCGACGGCAACGCCGGGGCUUCAACCCUGUUCCUCAGAGUCGCCGCCGCGGACCUUGCUGCUGCAAACCAAGGUACGUCAACAAAUGAUCUCGGUGUCAUCGUGGGUGCGUCUUCAGCUGUUGUUCUCGCCAUACUCUGCCUGCUCUUCGUUCUUGCCUGGGCUCGACGUCAUGAGAAAACGGUGCACCAUGACGGCUCUCUCCUCGUGUUCAGUUAUGGUUACCUAGCACAGUGCACGAAGAACUACUCCCAGAAGCUGGGGAUGGGGAGCUUCGGCUCGGUGUACAAAGGGACGCUCCCCGACCACACAGUGGUAGCCGUGAAGCGGCUCGAGGGAUCGGCGCAGGGGGAGAAGCAGUUCCGCACCGAGGUCAGGACGCUAGGGACGAUCCAGCACGUCAAUCUCGUUCGCCUUCAAGGAUUCUGCGCCACAAAGCACGAGAGGCUCUUGGUCUACGACUACAUGCCCAAUGGGUCUCUAGCUUCACUGCUGUCGGGUCACAGCAUCAGGAUGCUGGACUGGAGCACCAGGUUCCGGAUCAUGGCCGGUGUCGCGAGGGGGCUGGCCUACCUCCACGAGAAGUGCCAGGAGCGCAUCGUGCACUGCGACGUGAAGCCAGAGAACAUACUACUCGACGCGGACUUCUGCCCCAAGGUGGCGGACUUCGGCAUGGCGAAGCUCAUCGGGCGGGACUUCAGCCAGGCGCUGACCACCGCGCGCGGCACGAUCGGGUACCUGGCGCCGGAGUGGAUCCUGGGCCUGCCCAUCACGGCCAAGGCCGACGUGUACAGCUACGGGAUGAUGCUCCUGGAGCUCAUCUCCGGCCGGAGGAACCGUGACACCGGCCGAGGCAUGGGCUACUUCCCGCUCUGGGCCGCGACCAAGGUCGGCGAGGGGCGGUUCCUUGAGCUGCUGGACGAGCGGUUGGCGGGGGACGCGGAUGUGGAGGAGCUCAGCCGCGCGUGCAACGUCGCGUGCUGGUGCAUACAGCAGGCCGAGCCGCUCAGGCCCACCAUGGGGCAGGUGGUGCAGGUCUUGGAGGGCUCGCUCCGCGCGGGCCCCGCGCCAGUGCCGAGGUACCUUGAGCAGUUCCUUGGGGAGGAUUCGUGUACAUUCUGAUUUAUGAAGCGGACGGGAGGGAUCAUACUUUACACUUGGACUGUGUGCGAGUGUGUCCUCUUUUAUAUGUAGGAAAAGAACUGUGUAGUAAAAAGAUUGUUGUAAAUUGAUUAGUUUGACUAGUCCAUCAAUCCACGAGUCGGCACUACUAGAAAUAUUUUAAGAAACUAAAUAGAUAAUUGAAAUUCGUGAAAUGAUAUAGUUUAGGAUUUAAAGGUGAAUGGUGUCGGUAUAUUAACCACAUUUUCUUACUAUA